AUGGAGUGGCAUGGUUCCAGGUGUCGACUUGUCGGACGCGAUGGAGAAGUGUUAACCUUGAGAGUUCGGGAUGGCUGUCCCGAAAUCACAGAGCGCCAGGCUUUAGACUUGAUCUCGAGAAUAGAAGACAAGAAGCUUGAAGACCUCAAGACAGCUACUUCGUCGACAAGGGCAAAGAUUAGAGAGUCUGCUUUGUCAUUGAGCCGAACGUGGUUUGACCAUCUGAUCUCUUACUGUGGGUCUGGGAUUGGAGCAGAGGCGCAGUUUGGGAUUCGAGAAGCACCGUUCUUUGAUGAGGUUCCAAAGGAAGCUCUGUUUGGCUUGUCGGAGGCGGACCCCAUUUCCAAUGGCUGGGAAGCGCUGAAGGGACUAAAGCAUCUGAAUAGACGUACCCGAAAGAAGCUAUGGUCAUCAAGAAAUUGGGUGCUUCACCUAUAUGCAGGCAAGCAGCCGAAUGAAGAGAUCCAGUUCUUGGAGCGUCAAGGUUUUGCGGUGUUGGAGUUGGAUGUGGAAAGAGGUAAGAGCCAUGAUGUUUGUGAUCCGUUGGUUUGGAGGGCAUUGGAAUGGGCAGCAAGAUCAGGGAGGAUUGCUUCGGUGGUUGGGGGACCACCGCAAAAUACCUUUAUGCUGAGAAGAAGCAUGACCCCUGGUCCGGACCCACUUAGGAGCAAUGAAUUCCCCUACGGCGGUUGGUAUGGACAAUCAUCUAAGGAACUGCAGUUGGUCAAUCGGCAUACAGGGUUAUUCGUCAAGAUGAUCUGCCUUCACGCCUUGGCUACGGCAGGAAGAUGCGUUUAUCCACCAGAACCAAAUGAUGUCAAAGAAGUGGGCUUUAUGCUUGAGCAGCCAAGGGACCCCAAGACCUAUUUAUCGUUCUCUCAUCCACUGGUGACUGAUUCGGUGAGCUUUUGGCGAACUGGGUUAUGGAUUCAGUAUGCAGAGGAAGCUGGAUUGACUACAUUCAGCUUCGACAUGUCUUCGCUUGGCAAGGCGCUAUCGAGACACACUACGGUUGGUACAAAUCUACCUCUACGUCAUCUUCAUGGAUUACGAGGAAGAAUCCAGCCAGAUGCGCAGCCACCAGUGAAGGCGCCGCCGUCGGUGUGGACGAAGGAAUUUUCAGAAACAGUUUCGAUCGCUAUUCGGGAACAGCGCAUUUCACCCAGGAUGCUUAAGAUGUCGGCAGAGCAGUGGAAGGAGCACGUGCGUCGUGGGCACCUACCUUUCAGGUCAGACUGCAUGACAUGUGUGACAGCAGGGGCUACUGGGAGGAGACACUCAAGAGUUGAACACCCUACUUGCUUUGUGCUGUCGGCAGAUGUAAGUGGGCCGUUGAAGGUACCAGGUCUGGACGCAGACGCCAGAGGAGCAUUUCCGAAGCCGCAUAAGUAUAUGUUCGUUGCAAAGCUGAAGGUUCCGAAAGCUUUCUUGGAUGAUGGACGAGGUGUUGGCGUAGAGUAUGAUCCAGGUGAGCUUGAAGCCGAUGUCGCUCCAGGGGAGGAUGCUUUCGACUAUGAAGAUCCAGAGGAACAUGAGGGUCCAGGAGGAGACGGCGGUCUUGCAGAGGCAGAAGGAGUAGCAGAUGAUGAGUUCGAAGAAGCUGAGGAGGAUCAAGAGCAGCCAGCUCAAAGAAUCAGUCCAGAGGAGGAACUAGAUAUGACUGGCCCUGAGACGGUGAAUCUUAUCUUUGCAACUGCUAUUCCCGACAACAAAGGAGCAACAGUACUGGAGGCUAUUCAGGACGUGGUGAUGUAUUGCUGGUCGCUGAACAUUCCAGUGGUGAGAUUUCAUUGUGACCGUGGAAUGGAGUUUUAUGCCAAGGCUACAAGACAGUGGAUUAAGUACCAUGGGAUGAGGUUUACAACCAGCGAAGGGGGGCUACAUCAACAAAAUGGAAUGGUUGAAAAUGCUGUAAGGUAUAUCAAGCAACGAGCAAGAACAUUGUUGAUUGGAGCCAAGCUGCCUCAGCGACUGUGGCCUCAAGCAGUGUCAAUGGCCGCUACCUUGCAGAGAUCAUCUACCUUGGGUAUGGAAACGCGACUUGCAGCUCCAUUCGGAACCAAGGUGUUGGUCAGAAGAAGAGAGUACGGUGGUACUGCUGAGCCGGGGAAGCCUGACGAUUUAGCACCUCGCUGGCUUGAGGGUCGCUAUCUAGGGCUCUCCGAAACUUUGAGACGCGGUCAUAUUGUCUAUUUGUCUGGAGAUGAUGGGGAGAAGUUUGUGCACACUGUGAAUGUUCGAGUGGGAACGCAAGAAGCUCCAAAUCAAGAAGAAGAUCUCGUUGCUGAUCUACCCGGACCACCUGAAAGGAGGGUGCGAGAAAAAUCAAGAGGUAGUGGAGAUGUGGUAGCAGUUUCAAAGGCUCAGACAGUGGUUGGGAGCGAGGAACUGAGGGAUCGAGGACUCAAACUUCUACAAGAGUGGAACCAGGAGGAGGCCGAAGAGCUGAUGAUUCAUGUAGCCCUCAGUCUGAGUCCUAGCGAUCGGGUGUUUGGAGUUUUUCGACAUGGCGGUCGAGUUGGUCUUACAAAGGCUACAUAUGACCAUCCGUGGAUAGCCGAGCUCUUUGUGAAGGGAAUAAAGGGACGGUGUUCGGAAGCAGAGUUCACUGCAGUGUACAUCUCGGUGAAUACAACCAGGGACAUCCAUGUCGAUAGCAACAACUUGAUGGGAAUGCAAAACUAUGUUUACCCACUGGCAAUGCCCUCGCGUGGAGGGAACUUGUGGGUUGAACUUGGUGAUGGUGAUGUGGUGCGAGGCAAGAUUUCUGAAAUGAUGGACCAGCAGGGAAAUUCUCGCUUUGGUUGCGUGCAGAAGUUGGUGCCUGGCACAGUGCUCACAUUUGAUCCUCACCGUCGUCAUGCUGUACUCCCAUGGAAAGGCCUGCGUGUGGUAGCUGUGGGAUAUACACCUGGCGUUCCUCAAAAUAUUAAGGGACCGGAGCGUGAAGUCUUGGCACAGCUAACUUUUCCAGUUCCUACUGAGGUUGAUGCUGUUUCUCCGGUGGUGGCGGUCAGGAUGUUGUCUGUGCAGUACGAGAAAACCGCAUCGGCAGUUGAGGAGGAGUACUAUGAUCAGGAGCUUGAGCUAACAGAGGGUGUUGCAACUUCAGAUGGCAUGGUUCUGUUUGAGAAGUCUGUAUGUGACUCGGCUGAGGUUGAAAUCGUCGAACAAAGGGAUCCAGUACAGGUCUCCUACGACGAGCUGGAUCAAUGGGACAUGUAUAUGCCUCUGGGAGAAGGGGCCCCGGAUACAGUUCCAAAAGUCCUACUGGCUUGUUGUGAUGGAGCUCCAGCAGUUGCUAAGACCGAAGUGACAUAUACCAAGAACAUCGAGCACCUGCUCAGCAACUUGAGUGCCCCUUUGACAAUAGUGCACACUGUUGAUCCUUCGGAGGUGACAGCAAGUUUUGAUCAAUGGGAGCAAGCGGCUAUCAAGGAGAUCAAGUCGUUUGGAUCUGCUUCAAAGAAAGUGUUCAGCACAGAUCCGGAAGUUCUUCAAGAUCUGAAAAGUGGACGAGCGAAACUGGUACCAAUGAAGGGUGUGUAUACUGUGAAGCCACCUUCAGCCGAGUCCAUCGAGAAGGGUGAAUGGUUCAGGCGGAAGGUGCGGAUAGUCGCGUGUGGAAACAUGAUGGCAGAGACUGGCGAGGAUACCUAUGCGGCAGCUGCUCCGGCUGAGGUGGUGCGGUCGUCGCUGUCGGUCUCCAGUAGGAUGGACUGGGAUGCUGCAGUGCUUGAUGUUACAGCUGCGUUUCUGCAGACUCCUCUGAGUGAGGUUCAGUGCAAGCAAAGGAUAUUGGGCCAGCCGCCGCGAGCUAUGGUACGAGCUGGACUAUGUGAUGAAAAGGAGCUGUGGGAUUUCACUCAUGCAGUUUACGGCUUGAGAGAAUCGCCUCGAUGGUGGGGUGAAUUCCGUGAUGCCCAACUAGCACAACUCAACAUUGUCUGUGGGGACCGGAGGAUCAAGUUAUUGCAGUGCAAAGUUGAAGGGAGUUGGUGGAAACUGGUGGAGGAUGCCUCCCUAGUCGGCUUGGUCGUGGUGUACGUCGAUGACCUGCUGAUAUGCUCGGUUCCGUCAAUUAUAAGUGCAGUUGCGGAAGCUGUGAAGAACUUGUGGGAGACCAGCGCUUUGUCAUGGGCCUCAGAUGGUGGAAUCCGGUUCUUAGGGAUCGAGAUCAUGAAGGUGGAAGGGGGCUUCGCUUUGAACCAGGAGCCGUAUAUCAAGGAAUUGACAAGACUUCAUUCAAUUCCACCAACACAGAAGGAUUUGAUCCCGGUCGCGCGUGAGCAAUCAGCCUUUACAGCCGAACCGGAAGAAGCAGUUUUCAGCACUGAGGAGUUGAGGCAGGCGCAGCAGUUGGCUGGUGAGAUAUUGGCAAAGUCGAACGACCUGAUAGCUUGGACAGAUGCGUCAUAUGCACCUGACGGUUCUCGUUCCCAUAGUGGGUGGUUGAUUGCGAUUGACAAUGCGCCGAUCAACUGGCGAUCCGCUCGGCAGAGCACAGUGACGUUGUCGACGGCUGAAAGCGAGCUCUCUGCAUCGGUCGAGGGUGCAUUGGCAUUAAUAAGUGCCGAAGCGCUAUUGUCAGAGCUCAACCUGGGCCCAUGGAAACUUCGUCUACGCUCAGACAGUACUUCUUCGUUAGCAAUACAGCGUGGAUCAGGAUCGUGGCGCACACGCCACUUACGGAUCAAGUCGAGUUGGAUCAACGAAAGAGUGGGUGCAGAGCAGCUGGAGUUGGAACAUUGGCCGGGUGAAGGACAAUUAGCUGAUGCUUUGACGAAGCCUUUGUCGAGCAUCCGCCUACGUCAUCUUGCAAGGCUCAUUGGUUUGAUGUCGCUCGAGGAGAUUGCGGAGCAGAUUGCAAAACAAGAAAGCAGCGCCAGCAGCAGCGGAGCUAAAGCCCCUAACACGAAUGGGUUUAAGGUUCUUGUUGCGUUGAUGGUGUUGUCUCAGUCUGUUGUUGGCUGCGAAGCUAAUGAGCUGACUGUGUAUCAACCGAUGACUGUGGACCAUACUCUGGUGAUGUGGUGCGUGUUUGCUUUGAUAGCAUUGCUGUGGACUCUGGCGUGGGAGCUGAUCAAAUAUGCUGGAUGGCAAAUCUACUUUACAGUGGCACCUGGAGCUGGAUCAAGACGUUUGCGGACAAUCUACAAGGCCGAGCAGAAGGAUAAAGCAGUGCAGACGACGGGUCCAGCCUUCGCUCCGGUGGUUCCAGAAGUCAGGAGGAGUGAGGAAAUUCAGGUCGCUUGGAAAGCAUGCUUCACAACAGGCCGUGGGUCAGAGAAGCGUGAUUGCUUGGCCGUGGCUCCAGACAAGGCUACGUAA